AUGGCUUCAUCUUCGGGUAAUAGGAAGUAUCCUCCACGGCUUUACGAGAUUGGGAAAACGCCUAUCCAAAACAGGAGCAUGAACCACAGUUGUUUUCUAUCCAACAUUCAAACCGUGGAAGAAAAUGUGGGCGCAGACGUUUGGUCUGAGUUGAGAAAAUCAGCUGUUGGUGUGAUUAUCAAGCUAAAGGAGUUGGAUUACACUUGGUCUGCGAAAUAUGUUCAUUAUUUUCUGGUCAAUCAAUUGGCGGUCGCCAGCAGUCAUGAAAUUUGGUCUUUGCUAGAAGACCAGCCAAUGAGGUUCUCUCUGUAUGAGUUUGGAGAUAUUACAGGACCCAAGCUUAAUGAACUUCAAGCCCUUUUUCCGAUCAUCAGAAACUGGCGUAGAGGGAAGCGGUUAAUGGUUGGCUUGUUGUGUCUUUUAUCCAUUGGGAUAUUUGGCAUUUCGAGCAAUAGUAGAAUACCACUGCAUUGUGCGAAAAGGGUGAUGGAUCCAGCAGCUUUCCAACGUUAUCCAUGGGGUCGUGUAGGAUUUACCAGCCUUGUGGAUUCCAUUAAAGUUCUAACAUACGUAGGAAAGAAGAGUUACACGCUUCGUGGUUGUGUUCAUGCACUGGCAAUUUGGAUAUACGAGUCUGUGCCAGGUGUAGGAGACAAGAAUUAUGUGUUCCAUUAUUCUCCAAUCAAUAUGAAAUCAAAGAUGCCGUUGUAA